UCUAGCAAAGAUCAAAGGCUUCUAGAGAUCUUGUUCUCUUCCAUUCAAUCUCUCUAUUUUCUAAGUUAACAUCAUGAUCAGUUCCAAGAAGCUCAUCAAACUAGUGAAAAGAUGGCAGAAAUUUGCUGCAAUCCGAAGAAAGAGGAUUUCAUUUCCAAGGCUAAAUGAUGAAGCGGGUAGCUGCAGUACUUCCUCUGCAGUUAACAAGGGCCAUUUUGCAAUCUACACGUCUGAUAACACGCGGUUUGUUGUCCCUCUAUCUUAUCUCGAGAAUGAGAUUAUCAGGCAACUCUUAAACAUGUCUGAAGAGGAAUUUGGACUUCCGAGCAGUGGGCCAAUUACACUACCCUGUGAUGCAGUUUUCAUGAACUACAUCAUUUCACUUCUUAGCCGAGGUUUAUCCAAAGAACUUGAGAAUGCUUUGCUUGUCUCAGUUACUUCACAUCGGUGUUCCUCAGCUUCGCUGCACCAAGAAGGGUGGAGAUAUCAGGAAUUACUAGUUUGCUGAUGUUUUAAUUUCAAUUAUUUUUGUAAAUGUAGAGCUCAUCAGCUUUAGCUCAAAACACAUCUUGUCAAAUGUACAGAAAUUCUACAA